AGGCUUUUAUUUUGACAGUGUGAUCCGGAAGCUGGAUGUGCCGGAGUCUGGAUGGACAGUCUGGAUGUGACCGCAGAGAGUCGAUACGCAGCUUCAUUUCUGCGGAUUUACUGAUUGAAGCCUACAGCUGGACUCGAUCCGAUCCUGAGGAGGAGAGUCCCGACUUGAUUGAACCGAACCGAACUGAGCCGAGCUUAGCCGAACCCGGAGCACAAACGGCGGCUUCAGGCGGCUUCACCUCCUUCUGCCGAGCCGGCCGGAGUCACCUCCCCAGGGAGGCGAUGCUUGGCGUGAUCUCCUUCGGGAGAAUCUAACCCAGGAUCAGUGAUGCUGGCCUGAGGACUCGAACCUGUGAGGUGGAUCCAACAUGGCUGCUGCGUGUGGAGCUUCAGUAACAGUGUGUCUGAGUGUCCUGCUGCUGCCUACUGUGACCGGUCUUCAGUUGGAGGACAUACAGUGCGCCUUCUCUGACCAGCUGCAGGGGGCGGAGCCUCACAGUGAACUAACCAAUGAGCAGCGUGGAGUGGUGCAAGAAAAUGGCACAGUUCGCUGCAGCCAUGGCUCCCGCUGCUAUGGAUUGUGGGAGAAGAGGCCAGAUGGCGAAAUACACCUGGUCAAGCAAGGUUGCUGGACUCAUGUUGGUGACCAGCAGGAGUGUCGUGGUCACCAUUGCCUGAUAGCAGCAACGCCCUCUCAGAACCAGAACAGCAGCUAUAGAUUCUGCUGCUGCAACCAAGACUUCUGCAACACCAACUUCACUGAGGCCCCACCCACCGACGACACCCCCGCUCUCAGGCUGGUGAAGACAGACGGUUGGGAAGGCAGACAGACAACUCACCCGCUGCUGCGACGGGAGGAGACAGCACUCAUCGCCCUGGUAACUGUUGCCGUAGCAGCCAUUGUCAUCAUAGCGUUGUUCCUAGGAUACCGCAUGAUAAGAGGGAAGAAAAAGAAACACAGUCUGUCUGCUGUGGAUGUGAUGGAGGCAGCAAAUGCAGAUGGCGCUCUUGACCUGGAUAAGCUGAAACUAAUGGAGUUGAUUGGUCGGGGUCGUUAUGGCACAGUGUUUCGUGGCUGUCUUAACGAGCGCUGCGUGGCAGUCAAACUCUUCAGCUCGGCCAACCGGCAGAACUACAUCAAUGAGCGCUCCAUCUACUGCCUGCCUCUGCUGCAGCCCCACGACAACAUUGCCCACUUCCUGACUGCAGAUGAGAGAACGACCGCCGAUGGACGACCAGAGUUCCUGAUCCUCAUGGAGUUCUAUCCACAUGGCAGCCUGUCUCAGUACCUGUCUGUCCACACAGUGGACUUUUCCACCUGCUGCAGGAUGACUCACGGUGUCACCAGAGGACUUGCCUUCCUGCACUCCGAACUGUACAGAGGAGACUGGUACAAACCAGCAGUGGCCCACAGAGAUGUGUCCAGCAGGAACGUUUUGGUCCGAGCUGAUCUGUCCUGCGUCCUCGCCGACUUCGGUCUGUCCAUGAGACUGACAGGGAGCCAUCCCUGUUGCCCUGGAGACAACGACACCAUGGCCAUAUCAGAGGUGGGGACGGUGAGGUACAUGGCUCCAGAGGUUCUGGGUGGAGCUGUGAACCUCAGGGACUGUGAGUCGGCAUUGAAGCAGGUAGACGUUUACGCUCUGGGUCUGCUCUACUGGGAGAGCUUCAGGAGGUGCUCACACCUGUUCCCAGGUGAAGCAGUACCAGAGUACCAGCUGGCUUUCCAGGUGGAGCUUGGGAAUCAUCCAAGCUUCGAGGAGAUGCAGAUCCUUGUCGCCAGAGAGAAAUUCAGACCCAGAUUCCCUGAAGCCUGGAAGGAUAACAGCCUGGCAUUGCGUUCUCUGAAGGAGACAAUGGAGGACUGCUGGGAUCAGGACGCUGAGGCUCGACUCACAGCUCAGUGUGCUGAAGAGAGACUGUCUGAACUGGCACUGCUGAGUCCACACACUGCAAUGCACAACCACAGGAACCUGUCUCACAGCUGUUCACCUCUUCAGGUUGGCCCUACCUUCUCCUACACUGAAGAUUUGGAGGGGGGCAUGGUGAAGAAUCUUCAGGCAGACAGCAACCCAGCAUCAGCCGUCAAGACAGCUAUGUGUGGAAUUAAAGGUGCUGAAAAGAACAGAAACUCCAUUAACUACGAGCGGCAGCAGGCACAGAGUCAGGCUCGCUCGUCUGGUUCAAACAACAGUGUGUCGACCAUCACUGCCCAGACAACUACCAGCGUUCUCUGCAGCAUUUCUGAACACACCAGUGGCGCUGUGCCCAGUGUCCCAGUGUGCCUGCAGCUCACAGAAGAAGACCUGGAGGCCACUAAACUUGACCCUAAGGAGGUUGACAAGAACUUGAGGGAAAGUUCUGGCGAAAACUUGAUAGAACUUUCACAGAAACAGUUUGGUUCGACAGAGCACCAAACUACUAACCUGCUGUACCAUCAUAUACUACAACCUACUGAGGGGAGUAAUUUGGUGUUGAGUCCUCACGGUGAACUGGGAGCUGUUGGUGUGGUUGAUAAUCCUCCCUCCUCCUCUGUCCUCCUCCUCCCUAAACAGCCAAACCUGCACCAGAGGCCCACCAGCCUCCACCUUCUCCCCAAAACCAAGGAAUCCACCUCAGCCUCUUCUCAACUUAAGCUGGGAAAGCUCAAGUCAAACCAUAGACAGGUGGAAACUGGUGUUGCCAAAAUGAACACAGUAACAGUCGCCACAGCUGUAGAGCCCCACCUGAUAACCACAGUGAAUAACACCAGCAUCAAAGGCAGUGUUACAACUGGGAACCACAUCCACCCAAUAAUGGUGGUGGCUCAUGGUUACAGUGCUGGUGUCCCCACACUGGUGAUGAAUGGUAUUGUAGGCGGAGGCAGAACCAAUCCUGCGGGGCCCCAGCUAGAGGAAGAGGAUAAACUGAAGAGAGAGAUGAUCAGUGGAGAGGACAACUGUAUCAACCUACUUAACCCCAGCCCUGAUGAACAUGAACCACUGCUGAGAAACGAGCAGCUGCCUGCCGAAAGCACACCCAUUUCUCCUUCUCCACACCAUCAUCAUCUUAAGUCACAACCUUUAAACAUCCUGUCGGGGCAAAGCUCAAACUCCAACAACAACAACAACAGAGUAUCGUUGGGAUCAGAUGCAAAGAUCCAGGGUUUGAAGGUUGACCCUGAAAGGAUGAAUGGUUCAGAGGUCAGUUGUGGAGGCAGCAUUAACAAUAUUACAUCUGAGUCAUGCCUGGCAAGUCAGCAGAUCAGUGGAUCCCCUUCUCAGUCUCUAAAAGCCUCAGACCCACAAGCUCCAGUCCUAGAAGCUUCAGUGGUGAAUCAAAAAUCUCCACCUUUAAAGGUUGAAGCCUCAGAAAAUGAAACUCCAAAAACUUCAGCUCUGGAAUCACGAGAUUCAGAAACCACAGAUCUUGCUGAAGGUCCAGCCUUAGAUCUCAAAAUUCCAGGUCUGUUGCAGCCCCAGAUGGGACCAGCCAAAGCCAAGAGGCCUGAGCGUCCUUGUUCCCUUGACUUGUCAUCAUCCGGUAUCUCCUCAGAUUAUGUUGCUCUGACGGAGAAUGACACACUGAGUGCUCCAGGGGAAAAAAUAAAACGUCGUGUCAAGACUCCAUACACCCUGAAAAAAUGGCGCCCAGCCUCAUGGGUUGUUUCUACGGACACAGCUCUUGACCCGGACUUUGACUUCAACAACAGUGGUAGUAGCAGCAGUCAGACCCAUUUCUCUUUUGGUCUUCAUAGAGCAGGAAGCAUUGGCAUUCCCAAAAUCAAUCAGUCCAAAUCCAGCAUGGCUGUCUUUUUGGUCGGAGGUGGAGCCACGGCGACCACAACCUCUGAGCCCGAUGGAAUGACCUGCUUCUGAAGUUGUUUUUUCCACUGCCAUAGAAGAGCAGAUUCAUGUAUAACUUUUUUUGUCUUCCUUCUCUUUAGUUGUGGAAAAUGAGAAUUGUUGUCUGCUGCACAGUUUAGCCUUCCCAGCACAGGAAACAGCCCUCAAUAAACAUUUAAAAGUUCUUGACUUGUGAUAUCCAACAGAUCAAAAGAGUAAUUUGUGAAAUUUUAAAACAGAGAGUUGGAGUGUAGUUUUCUUGUCAAAUCUGCACAUUCUUGAUUGAGUCAGACACUGAAAGAUUAUUGUUGACUGGCCAAGUCCUGUGACAGUUUGACCUUUGACUUUCAGUUUUGUGCGCAUGCUCAUGAUGUCCAAAAACAUAUGUAUGUUUAUGACAAGUGUGGGGAUUCCCUAACUUGUAGAUGAUUAGCUCCUGUUGUGACUAAUCUUGUGGCUAGUGGAUGUGGGACUUGACUUUAAAACAUCCUUAAGUCAAUUGUGAGGUUAAAGAAAAUCAUUUCAGGGAGCUAUUUGGGCUCCCAUUUUGACUCAACUUGUGGUUGUAGAGGUGACUAGUAAGAGUGACCAGAAAAAAUUUAGUCAAGUCAGUUGUAAAGUUAUUUUUUAAACUACUUUAAAUAAAGUUAGUAUUAAUUUAGAGAACUCGCACAUGAAGGAGACAAUUAAACUAGAAACAGUGUCAUUUGUCUGAAAAAUUCUUUGUGGUUUUUGUGUAUUUGUACUUUUAUAUGAUUUGAAGAGGUGUUUCUGCCUUGAGCCUUUACCCUAGCUAUGCAGUCAGCUCAUGAUGCCUCCUCCAGAUGAUAAUGUGUUUGGCUCAGAUUUAUGAACAGACUGACAAUAUUACUGUUAGAGGAUUUUUUAUUCUUCUAAUUUCCACUUCAUUUUAUGAUGUAGUCUCAACUGCCUUGUGAGGUCUGCUGUGACCACCAUGUUAGGGUUGGAAGGAUAGAGGAAGUUGAAAAGGAACAUUUGGACAGAGAAGAAGAAACGGAGAUAUAAGCCACGUUCCUGCUGAGCUCAUCAAACCAUCAGCCUUGUCGCCUGUGUAACCUCGGCCACACACAACUUCCUCAGGUACCUUUACAACAGUGAUGAAAGAAAUUUUGCUCCCAUUAAUCUGCAGUCACUUUGUUAUAUUUGUUUUGUAAAUUCAGCCUGCUUUUCCCCUCCACUAGGUUGUAGAUGCUGAAAAUGAGUAAAUCCAAGCAAGUUAUGACCUGUGUAUGAGACAUGCUAUUUGAAAAGUGAAUAAUUGCAAUAUUUUUGUUCUUAUUUACAAAGUCUAAGCAUUCAGCCAUAGUAGCUGUAGUAGGUCAUGUUUUUCAUGUCAGAGUUUGGUGCGCUAAUUUUUAAACAAAAGAAACGGGAGAUGUUGGUGAGAUAAUGAAUCAGAACUAAAUAAACUAAUUUCUGUCACUGUCUUUAUUUGUGCCACAUCUGUAAAAGCUUCUUUAAGUGUGCGACUAGAAUAAGUUGACUUAUUAACAUUCAGUUGGCCCAAGCCUUAAGCACUUUAGUUGUUCUUGUUUUGUUGUUGUCCUAAAUUUAAAAUUCACAUUCCCGCAAAUCAGCAUUAAAAAUAAAAGUGUAGUUUUCCUGUUCUAUACCUAAUCCAUCCACAAUGUCAACAACAUCAUAAAUAUCAUCAUACUGAUCUUAUAUUGGAUUUUAAGAUUGCUUCUAAAAUAUAUUUCUGUUUGUAUUUCUGUUAUUUUUGUAUUUUAUACUGUUUUUACCGUUUAUAGAUAUGCCAAUGUGCACAUAUGGAUGUGCCCUGAGAAAUGCUUGUUUUACAUGAAGUUUGUGAAGGUGCCAUGUGUAAUCUAGCCUGUACAAACUACUAGUAGUUGGUACUAGUAUACUAGUACCAACAUGCUAUCUGGCUUCUGGAACCAAGCAUGAAUCCAGUAAAUAUGUGAAUAUUAUUCAAUCGAUUUUGAUUAUUUCCCACACACAGAAUUUAACCCUGGUUGUUAGCUAUCUUUGGUUUAGAUAGUCAUGGUUUAGAUAGCUCUGGUGUCUCAGCCCUUUAAAGUCAUUUACUGUGGAUAAUUGCUGUCAUGUGUAUCUCUGUGUCAUCUAAUACUGCAUUUAGUCUCUUGCAUGAAAUAUCACACCACUAAAAUGUUACAUUAUUUCUGAUGUCUUUUUAUCUAUCAGAAGCUCAUAAACUAUAGAUCAGUUUCUUUUUUUACUCUGCCUGAUGAUAUCCAAGUUAUUUUUGACAGUACAGAUGCAGUAUGGAUGCAGGAUGGACAGUCUCUGCUACAGCCAGUGUUGUAUAUUGUAGAUAAAACACAUAUUUAAUAUAUAACUCAAAUUGAACUGCUGUACCCUUCUGGUUCUUCCCCUGUCUGUUGUCUUGAAUAUAUUGUCUAUUUUUUUUUGGUU